GCAGGGCGCUUACGUGGUGUCCUGGUUGAACGAGGCGCAGAUCAAGCCUCGGUGCCCCGCGGGACCGUCCGGUGUCUCCUGGGACUCCAUCCCGGCCGCCGAUGGUCCUCUCUUGUCGCUGGCCGAGGUCGGAGGCCUUGGGUUCGGAUCGAUCCCUGCCGAAACCCCGCUCCCCUCCUCUGCUCCCCGACUCCAAGCGCCACGCUCACACUUGAGGGAGAGGAAUGUCCGGACAAGCUGUGUCAAAUGGCACACAUGUGUCACCGAUUACACCCUCACAAGUCUGGAGAGAGAAUAAAACAGAAGACACAAGUCCCCGGUGAAUCGCCUCACUUUGACCGGACGAUACUGUUAUUAUUAUGUUAUUAACUUCCAAUAUUCAGACAACAAAACAAAAACAGCUGAUGGGAGGAUGCGUCACACCGAGGCACGCUGCUAUUGGCUGACCGCAGCAGGUCAAGAUCUCCUCUCCGCUGUUUUAAUUGGUCGAGCUGCUGAGAGUCUCUGAUUGAUUGCUCAAUGUGCCAGUCGAUCAAAUAAGAACCGCCCACUUUGAAAAACGCGUGCUGAUUGGCCAGCUACACUUUCAGUCUUGUCACGAGGAAUUGUUAUGAUAAUUUCAUUGGAUAAAAUAUGGAGAACAUCAAACCUUAUUUACUGCCUGACCGUGCCUCGACACAACAGCGAGCCACCCUGGGAGAUGUGACAACAAACUGAUAUAAUCAUGAAAAGCGUAUCACAACUACACAUAAAAAGAGUGUAGGAGGUCUUAGUGCGGAUGAAUUUAUGUAUCACAGAAUCCAGUGGUGACUUUCUGCAUAUUCUUUACAUAGUUUGGCCCCAACACUCCUCCAAAGUGAAUUUGAAAUAAAUUCUUGCGCGGUGCAGUGAACGCAUCUUCGACCUCGCAAACGCAGCUGUAAAUUCACGCUCUAACGAAAUUCAAUCUGAAAUCAAAUCGAUUUAUUUUUCUCAAAACUAUUUCCUUGACGUCACGAUAUCCGCGCGGGCUCCUUUAAGGUUGCCAGGGGUUACGGCUCACAUGUCAGAACGAGGAGAAUUGACGUCAAUGACGGCUCGUGAUUGGUCCUAACCCGUAUCCGGUGGGGCAGCGGUCCAGGGCUUGGGAAAAAAUCGAAGCUAGGGUCUGCUAACUGUACACUUUGAGAAAUACCAUCCAUCCCGAGUCGCUGUCGAAGGGCUCGGUAGGAAAUUAUAGUUUCUUUCCAGAGGUUAGAGGUCAAGGAGCAGGGUUGCGUUUGUCGUCAUGGCGUCGGGCAGUACGAGCAGCGAGGAGGAGCGGAGCCUGAGGGAGUGUGAGCAGUACGUGCAGAAACACAACAUCCAACAGCUGCUGAAGGACUGCAUCGUCCAGCUGUGCACCUCCAGGCCAGACAGGCCCAUGGCCUUCCUCAGGGAGUACUUCGAGAGACUGGAGAAGGAGGAGGCCAAGCAGAUUCAGAACCAGCAGAAGGCCAACAGUUCCCGUUCAGACUCCCGUGAUGAGGAGGUGUCUCCACCCAUGAACCCUGUGGUGAAGGGUCGCAGGCGGAGAGGAGCCUUCAGCGCAGAGGUUUAUACAGAGGAGGAUGCAGCCUCUUACGUCAGAAAGGUCAUUCCUAAAGACUACAAGACGAUGGCAGCCUUGGCCAAAGCCAUUGAAAAGAACGUGCUCUUCUCACAUCUGGACGACAACGAGAGGAGUGACAUAUUUGAUGCAAUGUUUCCUGUUACCUACAUUGCUGGGGAAACGGUUAUUCUGCAGGGUGAUGAAGGAGACAAUUUCUAUGUCAUUGACCAAGGGGAGAUGGAUGUGUACGUGAACAACGACUGGGUGACAAGCAUCGGGGAGGGAGGCAGCUUCGGAGAGCUGGCCCUGAUCUACGGCACCCCGAGGGCCGCCACCGUCAGAGCCAAGACCAACGUCAAGCUGUGGGGCAUCGACAGAGACAGCUACAGGAGAAUACUCAUGGGAAGCACCUUGAGAAAGAGGAAGAUGUACGAGGAGUUCCUCAGGAAAGUGUCCAUCUUAGAGUCUCUGGACAAAUGGGAGCGUCUCACAGUCGCUGACGCCUUGGAGCCCGUCCAGUUUGAGGAUGGACAGAAGAUCGUGGUGCAGGGAGAGCCUGGAGAUGAGUUCUUCAUCAUCCUGGAGGGUUCUGCAGCUGUGCUACAGCGUCGCUCAGAGAACGAGGAGUUUGUGGAGGUGGGGAGGUUAGGACCAUCUGACUACUUUGGUGAGAUCGCCCUGCUGAUGAAUCGUCCCCGUGCUGCCACCGUGGUCGCCCGCGGCCCUCUGAAGUGUGUGAAGCUCGACCGGCCUCGCUUCGAGCGCGUCCUGGGUCCUUGUUCGGACAUUCUCAAACGCAACAUCCAACAGUACAACAGCUUUGUCUCGCUGUCUGUCUGAAGGGGCGUUUCUCUGCACCCACCCUUACCCUCCACCCUUUCCCCAUAACCCUCUUUCCCCCUUUUAGACCCAGGGUCCACCAAUGCAAUUUGCUUUACGUAACUUUUCUUUUUAUUUCUGUUUCGCUUUUCUUCCCCCCUUUUUGUUAUACACAAACACACACAUUCAUUUUAUUGUUACUACCAGUCACACAGAGGUGACUUUUAGCCAUUCACCAGCGCUUGUACCAGCUGCUGUUCGCUACCUUAUAGGCACAGUUACAUUACAUGUUACCUGUCAUUAAUGUAUUUGCAGAUUUAUGCUUUCUUUUCGGACUUUAAAACGCAAAGCAGGAUUGUUUGGAGAUCUGACAGACGUUAGGGUCUCUGACUGAUGAGAUAGGACAAUCACACUUAACAUGGUGAAGUCGGCGCUCUUGGCGAAUUUGUUCCAGAUUUAUGUUGUAGAUUGAUUCAAGUCAACAGAGGACCGCUUCAUCUCCGUCUAAGAGUUUCGUGUUGAGACAUCAGAUAGCUAGAUUAGAUAUAUAAUGUAGAGCAGAACCUAGAUACUGUAGAAGGCAGGAAGCAUAUGAUUGCAUCUAAUUUUGUCAACCAUUUAUAGGUUUAAGCUAUGGUAACCAAUGGUUGUACUCCAUUUGUCAUUUUUAGUUACCCUCAGUCGGUAUGAUGAAUUUGUUUUACCUAGUUUGAGAGAGCCUGUACAACUUAAGGGUUUUUAUUUCAUUGUACAGCUACCAGGCUAGUGCCAAAUGUUGAUUAUCGUCAUGACACAAAGAUGCAUAGCCGUGGAAAUACAGUGCGUGUUCUGCUCCGAACUUCUUGGAGCUCAAAACAGGAAGUAGUUGUUACCACAUUGUCCUCUAAUUGGUAGAAAAACCAUAGAAGAACUGCCUUGACUCCUCUGAGAAAACAAAAGUAAGAGUAUUAAGUGUAUUUCAGUAUUCAGAAUUUUUAAGUAUACACCAAAUAACUUCGUCACUCUUCUGCUAUGGUUUGUAAUCAAAAUGUUAUUAUAGUAUAGUUAAAAUUAUCAUAGUUAUAUUAUUAUCAUCAUUGACUAAAUGAUGAACUAAUGUUUUGGCUAUGGUUUGGAGUGAUGGUGAUCUUAAAAAAAAAUAUGUUUAACUGUCUUUUGUAAACACUUAUUUUUCCAUAAAUUCUAUUUUAGGUGUCCAGUGCCACAAAGUAAAUAAAUGCUUCUUCUUGUCAACCGACAAAACAGUAUGUAAUUGUAUUGUGUAAAACGUCAUGGGUUAAACCUUUUUUUUUUUUUUUUUUUUUAAAGUAGGUCAAACGGGUAAUUGAGUUAUUGGAGUGAAGUGAAAAAAAUAGAUGGUUUUGUGGAUUCAGGGCCUCUGAGUAUUUAUGUAUCGAUGCAUCACACGCGAGACAGACAGCAUCGAAUAGCUGCCCAACCUGAGGACCAGAGGCAUUUACCAGGCAGACAGACAGACAGCGAGAGAGAGAGAGCGGAUAUUUAUUUAAAGCUAGUGUCAUUGCUUAUGCCUGUUGAAAAGGUGACUGUCCUUUCAUCAGAGUAGCUUGUGAUCUGUUCUCUAUGCUUACGUGGCAUAACGUUUUAGGCAUCCAGUGAUCCGGUGUGAAUGGAGGCGUGUAUUAAAAAGUUAUUUAAAAAAAAAAAAAAAAAACAUUAAAAAGCAGCUCCAUGCAGAAGCAGGAUCUUUGUCAGAUAUUUGGUUAGUUACUCCCCCACCCCCAGCUUAACUGCUUGAUGAAGUUUAAGAUGGCAUAACAUGUAAUUUUGUCCCUUUUUUUUUUUUUUUUUCUUUUUUUGACUAUCACCAACUCGCACAACUUCUUGAUUACAGGCCUAUAACUCUUCAUUCCUGCUUCACUGCUUGUUACUUUUUCUUAAAUAUUACCUAAUGUUUAUCAAUUUCAAAGCUUUUUUGUUAUUCUCAUUUUCUGUUACAGUAUGUCUCCAUUCUGAGACCUUGUAUGAACAGAAUGGAUGAUUGAUUGACUGAUGAGUGGAUGGAUUGACUGAUUGUAUGUCCAAAAAGUUUUGAUUUUGGCGUUGAUUGCAGAGUAGUCAGCUUAGAGUGAUGAGUGUUUUUCAUAAUGGACACCGUUAUAUUUUUCUUUACAGUUAAACUGAUCCCGACCCUCAGGAAUUCCUUGUUGAUUUGGUUACAUUUGGAUUUGUGUCAUCAGCUUUCUUGUGUAUGACAACACAUCCUCUUUAUCCUGAUCUACAGGAAAUGACUCCGAUAGGGGUUUAGGGUUUGACUCACUUUUGUCAGCGUAUGGUUUUCAUGUAAAUAAGAGCGACAUCGUCAUCUUGAGUUUUAGUCCAGACAUUUUUAGUCACACUGCAAUCGUCCCGGUUUGCCUUAGCUUACCUAACCUGGGCUUACAGUAGUAGCCAGUCACUCCUGCUAGCCCGAACUUCAGCAAGUUUGUUAGACCUGCAGCACGAAGAGCUGCAGGUAUAUCAGAGGACCAUUCUUUUUCUAUUCUACCCUGUAUUCAGUUUGACCUCCUGUAUGUGCAAAGACGUUUAUCCUUUUGGUAUAGAUUGUUCCAGAUGGCAGUUUAAGCAAUAAAAAGUAAAAAGAAUCGA